CCCUUAUGUUCAUAUUCUUUUUUAUUGUUUUUCACUACAGAAAAUAGAUAAACUUGUUACAAAAUGAAGUAAUCUAAACACCCAAAUUUCACCAAUACAUCAACAGACACCUGUCCAUUAGUUGAUGCCAAAGCCUUUCUAUAAUAUUCCUAUCAUAACCCCUUCCCAUCCUUCUCCCUUUCUCUUUCACUCACCAUAUCAACAGUGUCAAACUCUCUCAAAUCAGUUUUUUCUUUUCCUUAGCCGCCAUUAGGUUUUUCCCUCUCAUCUUACUCUGCAUCACACCAUAGCCCCCCAGAACUGCAUAAUUAAGAGAUGAACUGCUGAAAAACCAUUCUCAUGACACUCCUGCUGGAAGUGAAGAGCAAACCCUACCCUUAAAUUCUCUCCCAAGUGGCGAAGAUGAGUUUGGGCACCGCCGAGGACGAUUCGGGUUCUGAAAUCCACAUCCCGGCGGAGAUUGACUGGCAUAUGUUGGAUAAGUCCAAGUUUUUCUUCCUGGGUGCCGCCUUAUUCUCUGGUGUUUCUUUCACGCUCUACCCCAUGGUCGUGUUGAAGACGCGCCAACAGGUUUCCUCCUCACGCUUCUCCUGCUUCAACAUGUCCUGCGCCAUUAUGCGUUACGAGGGUCUCAGAGGCUUCUACAAAGGCUUCGGCACUUCCCUCAUGGGAACCAUCCCUGCGCGUGCGCUCUACAUGUGGUCUCUUGAAGUCACUAAAAGUAACGUCGGAACUGCUUUUCUGGAAUUGGGGUUCUCUGAGACGACGGCUGUGGCGGUGGCUAAUGCUGCGGCGGGUGUUACUUCUGCCAUGGCGGCGCAGCUGGUGUGGACACCGGUUGAUGUCGUUAGUCAACGGCUCAUGGUUCAGGGGAGUGGAGGGAGUAAAACCAUUCUGGCGAAUCUUAAUUCGGAGAGUUACAGGAAUGGGUUUGACGCGUUCAGGAAGAUUCUGUGUGCUGAUGGAGCAAGAGGGUUCUACAGAGGGUUUGGGAUUUCGAUAUUGACUUACGCUCCUUCCAAUGCGGUUUGGUGGACUUCUUAUUCCAUGGUUCACAGACUCAUCUGGAGUGCUUUUGGUUCUUACUUGAGUAAGGGUAAAAGUGAAAGCAACGAUAAUUUGAGUGGUGUUAGGCCUAAUUCGAAGACAAUGGUGGCGGUUCAAGGGCUGAGUGCGGUUAUGGCCAGUGGGGUCUCUGCAAUUGUGACAAUGCCUCUGGAUACCAUCAAGACAAGAUUGCAGGUGUUGGACAACGAAGAGCAUGGGAGAAGGAGACCAUUAACUUUUGUUCAGACGGUGAGGAAUUUGGUGAAGGAAGGUGGAUUGCCCGCAUGUUACAGAGGAUUGGGACCAAGAUGGGCUUCCAUGUCAUUGUCUGCUACAACUAUGAUUACUACCUACGAGUUUUUGAAAAGAAUGUCUACCAAGAGUCAAUAGGAUUUUGACUGCAUGAUAGACCACCCAAGUAAAAGAUUGUUUGUUAGGAAUUAAGAAUUAGGAUCACUUACUUGUUCUUUGCUUGGAAUUUUCUUUCUAGUUUGUAUUAGUGGACCUUAUCUGUAUAUGAAGCUUUUUCUUUUUAAAUUUCUUUGGAUCUUUUACCAAAUACAAUACCUAUGAUUUUGGCCUUUGAGGAUUGCAGAGGACGUGGUAGAGACUAGAGGCAUGAAUGCAGGGUCGUGUUUAAACUCAGUCCCAAAACUGAAAUUGUCCUUCUGAGUUAUAUAUUUUAGUGGCUGCUUUACUUUAUAAUUA